UACCAAGUAGCCCAGGCCACAUGAGAUUAAUGCCGACACUGUACAGAUGACGAAGAUCCGGGGAUCUCGCAACUAUAGCGACGACGAACAACGUCUUCUGCUGGAGAUCCUUUCCGAUCACAUGCCACGCAAGGCACCAGAUUGGAGCGCCGUGGCAGAGCUGUAUAAUAGUAGGAGGCGUGAGGCCUGGAAGGGAAGGACUCCCAAGAGCCUGAAGCGAAAGUUCAUGUGCUUGUGCGCCGCUGCCAGCAAACGCCCUCAUGAGUAUGAGAACGAGGUGGAGAAUCUCGCGCUGGAGGUGAAGCGAAAGAUCGCCAAAUCAGCACGAGCGCCCGAAACAGCCAUGCAUGUGACGCUGCCAUCAGCAAGAGAGCGACCCGAUUCAGAGUGCGACGGAGAGAGCGGCUUUUGCUACACUCGAAGUCGUGUCACCAGUGUGGCUGCCGAUGAUGCUGAAAGUACACUGCCUCGAUCCAGCGUCAGCCUGACGUCGCCUGAGGCUUCACGUGUGGUGCUGAGAGACCUCGACACUGCUCCAUGCAUCUGCUCACGCACCGAGACACACCACAGCCAUCGGCACAUGGAAUGUGGUGUGAUUGAGCUAUUCCUGUGGUUUCAGGAGCGGGAUAAGCAGACUGUAGAGCAGUGGAAUUGCAUCCAACGGAACCUAUUCGACGUUAAUCGCAAGCAUGACCAGCUACUAGAGAGCAUCUCAGAACUAAAAAAGCACUUAAGUUAGCUAGCUCCCCACCUCUUGUUAAUGAAUACAACGCGUCACUAGUACAGGUGUCUUCGCACAUGUUGCUACCAG